AUGUCAUUCUUCGCGCUAUUGCUUGUCGAAACUGUGGGUAAACUACCUUGGCAUAUAACUUCACGCCCCGCUGUCGUGCGCUUCACGGACGCAUACGACAACAUCGGCUUGCAUAGCUCGAGGGACACUGGGAGUAUGAGCUUUCCGGCUGCGACGUGUAGUGGGUGCUCGCGUUCAAGCCAGCGUUACGAUGACGCAUCGUCAGCUGUCUCGCUCAUGCAUUUGCUGGCGACCGUCAACAACAGCAGCCGCGGGUGUCGAGGCAGCUUCGCCGUGCUGAACCUUGCUGGUGAGUCCAUGUUUUCGUUGGAACUUGUAUAG